CGAGCGACCAUACCCAAUAAAAAUCUUCUACGUACACUUCAAAUAAAUUAAAUAAUAAUAAAAUUUUCAAAAUUCACCUUCACCUUAAUUGCGAAAAAUUGACUUCAAGUGAAACCGAAACGAAAUACACGAAAAAAGUGGUAGAAGACUUUUGACUUGUUUGAGUGACACUAUCGCUUGGAUUCGUCGGUUUUUCGCGGAGAAUACUAAAAAAACCAAUUAUUGUUUACUGACUGCUUCAAUACACACUAAAAUACAACACAAGUUCACUGUAGUCCGAUAGUACGAGUAUGUCCCCGCGAUGGGGCAUGUUCCUCCUGCCCGUGUUGUGCAACUGGUGGAGCGGGGUAGCUGCCCCCUUACACCGGCUCGUGGUGACUACGCAGGGCGCGGUGAGGGGGUACUACGCACCCCAGCCGCCGCACUACGUCUACCGCGGGGUGCCCUACGCCCGCCCGCCCACCAACUACGACAGGUUUAAGGCACCAGAGCCCCCGCCUCCCUGGAGCGGUAUCUUCGAAGCGACGCACCGAGUACGGUGCCCGCAGCCGGACGGCUCGGGGGAGGAGAACUGCCUGGUGCUGAACAUAUUCGUGCCCGAGCGCGCCGCGGCGAGCCCAGUCCUCGUGCACUUCCACGGGGGAGGCUUCCAGCGAGGAUGGGGCUUUCAUACAGGUCCUAGAAGAUUGCUUGAACAAGGCUUUGUAGUUGUGUCAUUCAACUAUCGGCUUGGGGUACUUGGCUUUUUGUGUCUUGGUUUGCCAGAUGUACUGGGCAACACAGGGCUCAAGGACCAAAUCGCAGCUUUAUAUUGGAUCCAUAGAAACAUUGACAAGUUUGGAGGUGACCCGGGUGAUGUCACAGCUUAUGGCACAGGUAUGUUACAUUUUUAUAAAUUAAAUAGUUUACUUCAAGUAGGUUUACCAUAUUUCUGGAAAGUCUAUGUCUUUGCAGUGGCUCUAAUAUCUGUACAAGAGUGCAAAUUAUACUGGAAAAAGCUGACAAAAACUCAAAAAUAUGGACAGAUUUAA